AUGGAUUUAUCAUCUGAUGCUCAUGUUGACGUCAAAAUGAGUUCCGCGAAAUCAGCUAGCACACCGAAAGCAAAAAUUGGUCGACAGGAUGAAGGUGAAAAUGCUGGCAAAACGUCUACUAUAUGUGUUUUAUGCAAUGAAGUAAUUUGGCAUUUGAAAAAUGCUACAUCUAAUUAUAGUCGUCAUUUACAACGUAGACACCCUGCUGACUUUCAACAAUGGACAGCCAAUACAUCUAAGCACAAAACAUCAGAUAACAAAAUGCAUCAAAGCACCUUGAAUGCUAGCUUAUCUCCUAUAUCUCAAACGGCAAAGUAUGGAUUAGGUCACCCUCGUCAAAUCGAAUUAUGCAAAAUGAUCUUUAACAAUCUUAUCAUCGGUUUGGAUUUACCAUUGUCUAUUACUGAAAAAUCAGCCUUUAUUCAAGUGAUAGCAAUAGUUGAUCCGAAAUUUCGGAUUCCAUCUCGUCGAGCAAUCACAACUGAUUACCUGUCAAAAGCAUAUGAUCAAAUUAUGAUGAAAUUGAAAAAGACAUGCUCUUUGGUCGAAUAUGUAGUCUUAACUUUUGAUGCUUGGAGCGAUAGGCGCAUAAGAUCUUUCUAUGGUGUUAUAGUUCAUUAUGUAAACCAAACCGGUGAAAUAAAAGCACAUUUACUUGCUUUCAACCCUCUUUCUGAUGAUGUCGAAGAAACGGAUGACGACGCAGAUGAAACAAAUGUGAACAUGUCUAAAGGACAUUGUCCUAAUGAUGAAAAUAUUCUGAAUGAAUUUGAAAAAGGAGAAGAAUUGUUGCGUCUGCCUUGUUUCAUCCAUACUCUUCAGUUGGACGUUAAAGAUGGUCUAGCUGAGACUACUUGUGCUCGAUCAGCAGUGACUAAAGUGGCUAAAAUUACAAAAUUAAGUCGUACGAGUGUUUCAGUAGCGGAAAAGCUGCAGGAAGUUAAUCAUACCAUUCCGCUAGCUGUUAUAACGAGAUGGAAUUCUCAAUGUACCACUAUUUCACGAAUUCUUGAUAUACCAAAUUUACAUGUUUUACGAGAAUUUAUUUCAAUCUUCACUUCAUUUGCUGAAGCUACUACAAAAACACAAGCUGAACAAUCCAUAUCAAUAUCACUUGUAGUAUUAAGUGUACUUGGAAUUUAUUUCGAUCUUGAAAAUGAAUCGAAAGUAUGCAAGUAUUCUGGCUCAUUGUGCACUAUGCUUAUAUAUUCGUUAAAACGAAGGUUUGGUGGUCUUUUAUUAAGCCUUGAAGUACCUGUCGAUGAUUCCAUCAAACGUCGAAGCACGUUUUAUCUAUUCUCCGAUGAUAUUUUUCUUAUUUGCAGUUUUCUGGCCGGUAAAUUUCGACUUCGGUCGAUCUUAAAAUUGGCUUUACCAGAAGAAACGAAGAAUCGUUUAUGCGAGAAAAUUAAGCGACUUGUUGUUCAAGCUGCUAUUCAAGUUUGUCACUCGAUGAACAAUGAACUAGGUGAUAAUGCUCCACAAGUCGAAUCAAUGUCAAUAGGCAGUGAUAAUAGACAAUCUGAUGGGAAAGAUUCUACCAUUGACAGUCCAACAACCGAAAGAAAAAGUUUAUUUUCCUAUUUUGAAGCAACAUCGGUGCCUCAAACAAAAAAGCGUAUUGAUAUCAUCCAGGAGAUCAACGAAGAAAUCAUGGUGAUCUUGGAAGGUCCGCAUUUACAUCAAUUGGCUUUACGAAUACCAUGUGUUCCGGCCACGUCUGCACCAUCGGAACGUAUUUUCUCGAAAAAAACUUUAACAGUUGAUCGAUUGCAUGUUGUAUGGGAAAUGAAGAGAAAUGGUACCCACAUUGAAAAUAUUUUGAGCGACUUUGCAGUAAAGGAAAUCAGGUGCUCAUCAUGUAGUCGUGUUGGAUAUUCAAAUUCAGUUUUGUACGAUACACCGAGGUUUUUAAUUUUGAAAACUCGAGGAAAUGUCGACGAAUGCAUUAAUUUGGUUCACCGUACAAAUAGACUGAUGAUCAAGCCGACUUGUUAUCAUCGUAAUAUUGAAUAUAAUGCACAAACUGUUAUUAUGGUUCUUGAAGAAGAUUACAUUGUUUAUUUAAGAAAAAAUCCGAAUGGUUAUUCAUUUUAUAACGAAACCACCAAACAAUCUGAAUUGCUGAAGGAAGUGACUGCCGAGAAUACCGGUUUGUCAUGUAGAUGGAUGGUGUUUGUUUAUGAAACCGUAGAUAUCGUAUUUCCACUGUUUCCUAUGCAAAAAACUACUCGACAUCAAACUGAUCUACCUCCUAGUGUAGGACCGGAAGAUUAUGUAGACGAAGUUGUCAAUGAUCUUCUACCUAUUUAUGAAAAUGGAUUUCUUGCUGGAUCUAUUCAUGUCAAAUUAGACGAUAUGACUGUUUUGUUAAGCCCGAAUGGAGACAUUAACGAUCUGAUUAUUGAUGCACAUCUAUCCAUCACAGCAUCCAGUACUGCUUCGAAUAAUAAGGUUUUAGCCGUACCGAGCUAUCUAAUCAGACAAAUCAUUUUGAAAAAACUUAGGACUAUACCAAUAAGCUGGUUGAAUUUUGACAUAUUACUCUGUCCCAUUAAUCAGAAUAAUCACUGGUACAUAAUAAUAAUAGAUCGAAAAAAGAAUCUGAUUCUAGAAUUAGAUUCUUCAGUCAAACAUGAUAUACCACGCUUGACAAAUAUGAAACGGGACCAACUUCAACAAUAUCGAUACCGAAUUGCCGAAGCAUUAUUACGCAAAGGGGAGCCCAACAAGAACAGCUCAUCAUCGGGUUCCCUACUAGAAGAAAUACCCGACUCAAACAGAAGCAAGAAUUUCCGCAAAAGCAAACAGCAAGAACAUUUUUAG